UUAUCCAGUUCGCUUCGAACUGGCAUCGCAAGUGGUUGCUUCGGUUUGCACCGGUAGUGCGCGGUGUGCCGGCGGUUCUGACGGCUGUGGAAUUUUCGUGUGCUACUGUACUCUCCCGACCGGCUAGAGAAACCAGUGACAGUGAUAAAAAAAAUAUAACAAGAUAUCAAAUCGCGUUCCCAUUGUCAGCGAGUAACGCAGUGGUGUUGUGCUAAAAUAUUGUUAACUUCCGGGUAUCAUUAGCAGGUGAUCGAGAAGGAAAACGGAAGUGUUUCUUUCGAUUCGUAACACCUGGAAUGUGAAAAUCUGGUUUUUACGAAAAAUCUCAGCAUCUGUGGGAGUGUGAAGAGAAAAAAAAACUGAUCAACCGAUAAAGUGAGUUAUGUUCAACCAAACAUACCGAGGAUAAUUAGUGCACAAGAAGCAAUGCUUUCAGUUGAGGAAUUGGGUGUAACGCCCGCUGAUUGGAUCCGUCAAAUAUUUUGCGAAAAUGUGCGUCCGAAGGAGGGUGAGGAGACCAAAUUGCUGCUGUGCUAAUUGAACCAGUGAUCGGUGGUAGCGUUUUUUAUUUUCUGUUUUGGAGUGAUCAGGUGAUAAUGAUUGUUGAUGGUGAACAUUGAGAAGAAGGUAAUUACUUGUGCGGAAAAAGAAGAAUGUCGAUAAGAAGCAAUUGGCAAUCUAAAGCUUAAGUUUGUAGUCGGUGGAUAAGACCUCAGUGCUGCUGAACGGUGGUUUUGUCAGUUUUAUUAUGAGAUUUUAUCAGUUCAUUCUAACCGUAGAUCACUAGACAUAGAAUGUGAUUCCUCUCCAAGUCUGAUGUUCGUUCUUUGUUCGAGUACUGAAGAAUUCGUUUCUAUUAGGAAACAUCUCAACCUGAAUCGAAUGACUAGAUAAGGGUCGUUCGAGUGCUGUCCGGAAACAUAAUACUGAGCCUGAACCCGCACCCGGUUGUGUCAUGAUGGAACUGCAACUGCCGACGACUGGCACCAUGUUCAAUCGGUCCCUGAUAUAUCUGGAACUGGUUGCCGUCAGUUCACCAACCGCAACCCUAACCGGCAAUAGCACCGGUGGUUUCGUGACCGGAUUCGACCUGCUGCUGCCCCAGCAACCGUUCGUGAACACAAAUCAAACCACCGUGCAGGGCGAUGAUGGCGAUGGUGCACUGGUUAACGAAAAUUUCGGAACUACGGCGGAUUCGAUUUGCAUAAUCCUGCCCAUCACCAUUUUCUACUGCUUCAUCUUUGUGGCCGGCAUCCUCGGUAAUCUGGCCAUCUGCAUAGUGAUUGCGAGGAAUCGUUCCAUGCACACGGCCACCAACUACUAUCUGUUCAAUCUGGCCGUGUCCGAUUUUCUGCUGCUGCUGUUCGGAAUGCCACUGGAAGUGUACGGUACCUGGUAUCCGUACGCGUAUCCGUUCAACCAAGUGGCAUGCAUAAUCACCGGACUGCUCUCGGAAACGGCUACCAACGCAACCGUACUGACAAUCACUUCAUUCACCGUCGAACGGUACAUUGCCAUUUGCCACCCGUUUCGGUCCCACACAAUGUCAAAACUGUCACGGGCCAUCAAGUUUGUGAUCGCAAUCUGGUUGAUAGCAUUCGGAUUGGCCACCCCCCAAGCGCUCCAGUUCGGAGUGGUGGAAACUGUCAACUCACGGCUCUGCACGAUAAAAAACCGCCACUUUGAGCAUGCCUUCGAGGUGUCCAGCUUUCUGUUCUUCGUCGGUCCGAUGACGGUCAUUGCCGUGCUGUACGUGCUAAUUGGAAUCAAGCUGCGGAAGAGUAAACUACUGCAGGCCGUAAAACGUCAGGGUGCGGCAGGAAGUGGCACUGGUAAUGGUGGCACCAGCAGUUUCAACACCACAUCCGGUGGUGCGGGAAGCCGUGGAAUCACCGGUCAAACACGUGUGAUACGCAUGCUGGUGGCUGUCGUGGCGACGUUCUUCUUCUGCUGGGCUCCAUUCCACGCACAACGGCUGCUGGCGGUGUACGGAGCCGUCACCAACACGGACAACGAAUUCUUCUUCACGGUUUACACUGUCCUGACGUACAUUUCCGGCAUUCUGUACUUCCUAUCAACGUGCAUCAAUCCGUUGCUGUAUCACAUCAUGAGUCACAAAUUUCGUGAUGCGUCCAGGCGCACCCUGAAACUGAGCUGCUAUGUGGCGGAACGGAAACGAGCUGAGAACCAGAACCACACGUACAGUGCCCUAUCACGGUACGGGAUGACCGGUGGUUCCUUCAAGAUGAACUCCACCCUGGGCUACGGUAACGUGAUGCAUCCAAUGCGAACCCCUACCGAUAUGCAAUGCUCCGGUCAUCAGGAGUCGGAAAUGUCACUACUCCGAUGCGAACCGGGCCGCCACAAUCCCAAGUCGGACGUCCAGUGCGUUUCGGUCAGCAGCCAAUCGACGAUCAUGACUAACCUCAGCGGAAAUGGCCGGCCACGGUCAUCGUCGAGUGAAAGAAAGCAACCGAAUGGACGGCUCACGGCACACCGUCCCAAAUCCGGUAGUUUUGGUUCCAGAAACAGCAUUCGGGUGAACGAAGCCGGCGGAUGCGCGCUGGAGAAUGGGGAACCAGGAGGCAAACUAUCAACCAUUGCGGAAAAGCUACGACGUGGAACGAAACGAGUUCUUCAACUCAGCAAAUCUCCGGCAACUUCCCCGUCGAAGGAUGAUCCAGCGCUUCCAGGUUCAGGACAGGAUCGAGACAGCAAACGCAGUCGGUUGAAAAAGAAGAAAAGUGUUGAUUCGGUUGAUACCAACACGAUUAGUAAUUCAAGCUUGAAAGAGUUCGACGAGGAGGAGUUUUCCAGUGCCGAGUUGGCUCGAUUUAUGGGCGAGGUCAAUAACGAAAUUCGCUGAACCGUCGUACAAGUAUUUCUGAAGUACAAAGAAACUAAUGGAAAAGAGCUUUUGGGCGUGUGAGCAACUGUUGUACAGUGAAUUAUACUGGGCUCAGGACUCAGAAAUUAUUUGGUGAUGACUUUACCGUCAAACAAAUGCAAGAAUGGAGCUACGACAAGAAUCAUAAGUGGAAAUUAAACAUAAGAAAAUAGUUUAAUUAAGGACUUUCAAUUAAUUUUCUUUCGGAACGCAGCAGCUCUGCAAUGGCAAAUAUUUUGUUGUUAGCUUCUGCCAACGUCGCGUGCUACUUUUUUUAGCUUUUCUAGUAUAUAUCAAGGAUCAACACGAUCCGUAUCAGGAAGUGCUAAGUAUUA